AUGGGGGACUGGAACUUGCUAGGCAGUAUUUUAGAGGAAGUGCAUCUCCAUUCCACCAUAGUGGGCAAAAUCUGGCUCACCAUCCUUUUCAUAUUUCGCAUGUUGGUUCUCGGUGUGGCUGCUGAAGAAGUCUGGGAUGAUGAGCAAGCAGAGUUUAUUUGCAACACAGAGCAGCCAGGUUGCAGCAACAUCUGUUAUGAUAAAGCUUUCCCCAUCUCCCUGAUCCGCUACUGGGUGCUCCAGGUCAUCUUUGUCUCUUCUCCUUCCCUUGUGUACAUGGGCCAUGCCCUUUAUAGACUGCAAGCCCUUGAGAAAGAGAGGCAGCAGAAGAAAGCCCACCUAAAAGAGCAGCUCAAAGAGAUACAGCCUAUUAUAGAAGAUCACCGGAGAAUAGAGAGGGAGCUGAAGAAGCUGGAAGAACAAAAGAAAGUGAACAAGGCUCCCUUGCAAGGGGCUUUGUUGUGGACCUAUAUCCUUCAUAUCUUGACCCGAUCAGUCUUAGAAGUGGGCUUCAUGGUAGGUCAGUAUCUUUUAUAUGGGUUUCAAAUGUACCCACUUUAUAAGUGCACCCGUCCACCCUGCCCUAACACUGUGGAUUGCUUUGUGUCCAGACCAACAGAAAAAACCAUCUUCAUGGUUUUCAUGCAUAGCAUUGCAGCAGUUUCACUGUUUCUGAAUAUCUUGGAAAUUGUUCAUUUGGGAAUUAAGAAGAUUAGAAACACUCUUUGCAGGAGCUCCAAGGAGGAGCUACUGACUGCAGAGGAGGAUGCCAUUUUUAAUUUCCCCAAGAAAAAUUCAGUGAUACAGCAGAUUUGCAACAUGAAUAAUUCAACCCACCAGGACAGUUACAAAUUUAGGUCAGAGGAGCAAGGUAGGCUACCAGUCUCCUUGAAUCUUGAAGAAGGAUAUAUACUUACUGAACAAAAUCAGCACCCAGGCAGUGUGGAACAACAAUGGCACAUAAACUAUAGAAGUUGGCCAAAUCAUUAUCAAGACCAACUGCAUCCCUUCUAUGGGCAUCUUGGAUAUCCCAGUGAGAACGAACAACAUCAAAAUAGACUGUUCCCCAGGCAUGAUACAAGCUUCAUGAGUCAGUGCCAUAAUGGUGAACAUCCGAUUGCAUCCUGUAGCACUGACAACGUUCCAAUGCAAGCAGGGCAGGCUAUCAACCUCUACAGAAGGAAUGAACCAUAUGUAUCAGAUGAUUCUAAGAACCCUUCACACGCCUCUAAAAUUUCCAUAGUGUCCAACCACAUGGAGAGCCCUCAAGCUAUGUUUCGGAAGCAUAGCUGGGAAGUUGGCCACAAGGACUUAGGAAAUGACAAUGGCAGCUCUCCAAACACCAUGCCUUAUCAGAACCACAGCUCCAGCAUUUUACCCAGAAUGCUGUCGAAGAGCCAUCUGGACAUCAACUCAGUGACCUCAGACUCACAGAAUGGUUCUGUCUUGGAAGCUAAAUGGCAAGAUGAUAGUAGUCCUCCUAUCACACCAUCAUUUCCCUCCACAAGGGGACGCAGAGUGUCAAUGGCAAGUAAACCCCAGCAGCCUUUCUGCUAG